AUGGCUGCAACAAAAAGGGAGGAUGAUGUUGAUGAGGCAGCCACCAUUGAAGCUCUUGCAAUACUUCGGGGUUUGCAGCUAUGUAUACCAUUUGGCAUUCCCAAGAUAGUGAUCGAAAUUGAUUGUCUUCUGCUUGUUCAAGAAUUGCAGGCUUCCCCAGCUUCUUUAGCUACUGCAGGUUAUAUUAUUGCUGAAGUCAAGCAGCUCUUGUCCAGAUUUCAGGAAGUCCAAAUUCAACAUGUUAAUCGGAUGGGCAAUUCUGUAGCUCAUGCAUUGGCUAGGAAUGCUUGGAAUGUUGCUGAUAUUUCUGUAUGGUGUUGUGUCAACGCAAUCAAAGAAAUUACAGGCAUCAUGCGUUCCAUAGGUUCGGUAGCAAAAAAACCUCUAUGCGGGGUUGUUCCCUGUCCACAAAGUCCUUACACGCAUCAAAAUGCCCACAAUAGCAGUACCUUCGUGAUCCAAUCUGCCCAGAAACUUCAGACAUUACCACCAAAAAGCAGGGUGAAGAAUGAAAUGGGUGAAAGCAGAAAAGAAGGCGAAUCGUAG